AUGGAUUGGAGUUGGGCUGUGGAGGGUGUAACCGAAGAGACGCCACGUACGACAGGACCUGAAUGCAUCAAUUACAUGACAAAUCGUAGACGUUGGAUAGAGUCCAUUAUUUUUACAAUAAUUUUUAUAUACAUAAUAUGUUGGGCUGUGAAACGUUUAAAACCAAUUUUAUUGCCUCCACCCAAAGAGAUCGAUAAACCACACACAGUGAUACGACUACUGUUGUUAAUCUCUAUGACUUUUAUAUUUGGCGUUGAAAUGGGCUAUAAAUUGUCCAGUAAAUCUGUGAUAUUUGUAAUGAAUCCAUGUCAUAUACAAACAAUGGCGCAAGUAAGUAAUAAUUUUUAA